UCUUUUGCUAGACAGAUAAAGCUGUAUCAAUGAAAAUAAUACCCCCUUUUAUGUUAUUGUCACAGCCAAAGUGCUGUUUCGAAAGAUUUUUAACCAAUCUUUUGAUGAUCAAAGAAGGAGCAAUGGCUGCUUCUCAUCAUCAAAAUGUCAAAUACACCCGAUAAGAAACUCCUUCCAACAUUGCAAUAAAACAUGUACCCACUUAACUAAAUCCUCUCCGCUCAAGGACACCGACACAAAUCCAACCCCACAAGGUUACAAGUGUAUUGUUUUCCUCCUCUGUUUUGGCUUUUGCAUCACCCUGACCUGGCUGAGAACCAGCUCUAAGUUGCUUAUAAAGGGAAAGCCCCGAUCUGUGAGGCAGCUUUUAUCGCUCCGCCUGGUCGUGUGCAGGUUGUUUUAAAUCUGCCUCCCUAUCCCUAUCCCAUGGCUCUGAUCCCUGCUUGUGAACUGGCGAUGACUCCUGUGGGUUUGGAUGGCAUACUGGCGGACUUGGUCUCCAUGUCUCCGAACGCCACUGCCGUGCAAUCACCGGGCGUCUCUGUGGCAACCAGAACCCUAAUACUGCUCGUCUGUCUGCUGCUGGUCGCCUGGAGUCACACAGACAAGAAAACUGUACCAGGACCUUCUUUCUGUCUGGGUGUGGGGCCACUUCUGUCAUACAUGAGAUUCAUCUGGACUGGUAUAGGCACAGCCAGCAACUACUACAACAAUAAGUACGGAGACAUCGUCAGAGUCUGGAUCAAUGGAGAGGAGACCCUAAUAAUCAGCAGGCCAUCAGCAGUGCACCAUGUACUGAAGAAUGGACUUUAUUGUUCACGUUUUGGGAGCAAGCAGGGACUCAGCUGUGUUGGUAUGAAUGAGAGAGGCCUCAUAUUUAACAACAAUGUCACUUUGUGGAAAAAGAUGCGCACCUAUUUCACCAAAGCCCUGACAGGUCCAGGUUUGCAGAAGACAGUGGAGGUUUGCGUCUCCUCCACACAGACUCACCUGGACGACCUCCAGAGUCUGAGUCACGUGGAUGUCCUCGGCUUGCUGCGCUGCAUCGUGGUCGACAUCUCCAACAGACUCUUCCUGGGGGUACCUGUCGAUGAGAAAGAGCUGUUGGUGAAGAUUCACAAGUAUUUUGACACGUGGCAGAGUGUGCUGAUCAAACCGGACAUCUACUUCAAGUUGGACUGGAUUCACCGGCGGCACAAGACUGCAGCCCAGGAGCUGCGAGAUGCCAUAGAGAGCCUUGUGGAGCAGAAGAGGAGGGAUGUGGAGCAGGCAGAUAAACUGGACAACAUCAACUUCACCACAGAGCUCAUAUUUGCACAGAACCACGGCGAGCUGUCUGCUGAGAACGUGUUGCAGUGUGUGUUGGAGAUGGUGAUCGCGGCACCAGACACCAUGUCUAUCACUCUCUUCUUCAUGCUGCUGCUCCUCAAACAGAAUCCAGAUGUGGAGCUGCAGCUGCUACAAGAGAUAGACACUGUUGUAGGUGAGAGACGGCUUCAGAACGGGGACCUUCAGAAGUUGCAGGUGCUGGAGAUCUUCAUCAAUGAAUGUUUGCGCUUCCACCCUGUGGUGGACAUCACCAUGCGUCGAGCCCUGUCUGAUGACAUCAUAGGGGGCUACAGGGUCCCAAAAGGCACAAAUAUCAUUCUCAACACCGGUCGCAUGCACCGGACAGAGUUUUUCUGCAAACCAAAUGAAUUCAGUCUGGAAAACUUUGAAAAAAAUGCUCCUCGCCGUUACUUCCAGCCGUUCGGUAGAGGCCCUCGAUCCUGCGUUGGCAAGCACAUCGCCAUGGUGAUGAUGAAAUCCAUCCUGGUGACGCUGCUCUCUCAGUACUCUGUUUGUCCCCAUGAGGGCUUGACCCUGGACUGCCUCCGACAGACCAACAACCUGUCCCAGCAGCCUGUAGAGCAGCAGCAGGAGGCCGAACAUCUCGGCAUGAGGUUCUUACCCAGGCGGAGAAGUAGCUGCCAAACACUGAAAGAUAAAUAUAUAUGAGCUCCACUGCUUCAUUUAUAUCGUCUCAUGACUGUACAGAGUUUUAUAUUUUGGAUUGUAUGUAUUAAAAUUGUGUUUCUACUGGAACUAAUAGGCACUGUGUGGAAAGUUUAUACACACACACAAAUAAAUGUAAAUUGUUGUACCGAUA